CGUUAGGGGGCGGUACCUGCGGCGCGGGCGGGUGAAAGGGCUCGGAGGCAGUGACCAGGAGCUAAACUUUGGGAUGUGCACGUGAUGUUGGACAACAAGGACUUAGAAGCCGAAAUCUACCCCUUGAAAAAUGAAGAAAGAAAAUCGCAGGAAAAUCUGGGAAACCCGUCGAAAAAUGAAGAUAACUUGAAAAGCACGCCUCCGCAAUCCCAGCUCUCCCGAUGCCGUACGGUGGCGUUUUUUCUUUCGUUGUUUCUCUGCCUUUUUGUGGUGUUUGUCGUCUCAUUCGUCAUCCCGUGUCCAGACCGGCCAGCGUCACAGCGCAUGUGGAGGGUCGACUACAAUACUGCUGUCACCUAUGACUUUCUGGCUGUGGACGACAUAAAUGGGGACAGGAUCCAAGAUAUUCUCUUUCUUUAUAAAAACACCAACAGCAGCAACAAUUUCAACCAGUCCUGCAUGGAUGAAGGCUUUUCCUCUCCCUGCACCUUUGCGGCUGCUCUGUCUGGGGCCAAUGGCAGCACGCUCUGGGAGAGGCCUGUGGCCCAAGACGUGGCCUUCGUGGAGUGUGCUGUGCCCCGGCCAAGGGGCAGUGAGGCGCCUCCUUCCUGCAUCCUUGUGGGCAGACCCAGCUCUUUCACUGCAGUAAAUUUCUUCACAGGGGAAACCCAGUGGCACCAUGCCAGCAGCUUCAGCAGGAAUUCGUCCAUCCUGAGCCCUCUGCUGCAGGUGCCUGAUGUGGACAGCGACGGGGUCCCAGACUUGCUGGUUCUCACCCAGGAGCAGGAGGAGGUUAGUGGUCAUCUCUAUUCAGGCCGCAAUGGGGACCAGAUUGGCCUCAGAGGCAGCCUCGGCGUGGACGGGGAAAGUGGCUUCCUCCUUCACGUCACCAGGACGGGUGCCCACUACAUCCUCUUCCCUUGUGCAAGCUCCCUCUGCAGCUGGUCUGUGAAGGGUCUCUACGAGAAGGUGACCGGGAGGGAUGGCCCAUUCAAGAAGGACUCCCUCUGGGAGAGCAUGUUCAACGCCACUACCCACAGGACGCUUUCCCACAGCUCUGGAGCAGUGCGCUACCUGAUGCAUGUCCCAGGGAACACUGGCACAGACGUGUUCCUCGUGGGCUCGGAGGCCUGCGUGCUGCUGGAUGGGCAGAAGCUGACACACCGCUGGCCGCCCAGGGCAGCCCAUGUCCUAAGAAAACCCAUCUUCGGCCACUACAAACCAGACACCUUGACUGUUGUCGUUGAAAACGGAACUGGCACCGACAGACAGAUCCUGUUCCUGGACCUCAGCACUGGAGACGUCCUGCGGAGCCUAGCCCUCCCGAGCCUCCCUGGGAGUCCACAGUCCACCAGCCUGCCCACCGCAGACCACCGCUCAGCCUUCUUCUUCUGGGGCCUCCACGAGCUGGGCAGCAGCAGCGAGACGGAGACUGGGGAGGCCCGGCACAGCCUGUACAUGUUCCACCCCACCCUGCCGCAUGUGCUACUGGAGCUGGUCAACGUCUCUACUCACAUUGUCGCCUUCGACGCUGUCCUGUUUGAGCCAAGCCGCCACGCUGCCUACGUCCUCCUGACAGGCCCAGCGAACUCGGAGGCACCUGGCCUGGUCUCUGUGAUCAAGCACAAGGUGCGGGACCUUGUCCCAAGCAGCAGGGUGGUCCACCUGGGUGAGGGUGGGCCAGACAGUGACCAGGCCAUCAGGGACCGGUUCUCCCGGCUGCGGUACCGGAGUGAGGCGUAGAGGCAGGCCAGCCAGAGCAUAUGGGAGAGACUCUGCCUGCUAACACUAAAUGUCCUGUGAGUGGGCCCGUCCCCGGGUUUCUGCACUGACUCCCCGACUCCUGGCCCUGGGGAUGGUCUCCACCAGGAGGGCUGGGUAGCAGCGGCCCUCCCAGUCCUCCGUGAUCACACCCAGGGACGUGCAUGGGUGAGGGGACACCCUGCGGCACUCUCCUGCCCAGCGUCCUCCCUGGGUCCCCACAUAGAGUGCCGCUCACACCGGGCAGCCUUCAUCGUGGUCUCCCUGGGCCUCCUUGGGCAGAGCUGGGCCCUGUAGCACCCUGUCCUUACCCGGUGCCUUCUCCUUGCCAGCUUCUCCCCAGGCCAGAGCAGCCAGUGUGUAGGAAGAGGCAGAGUGUCCCUGGGACAGGCCGUCCCUUACCCCCUCCUGCAGAAGUCCAUUCCUCUUUUCCCUCCUGCGCUCUGUCCCCCAUGGAGUCAUGGAACUCACAGUGUGCUGGGCCUGGGGUAGCCUCAGGGGUGCAACUGGAACCUGAGACAACUCCAGCUUCCCAGCCCUACCUGGAGCAACAGGGGGACCCUCUAGCAUGGGGGGGUGUGACUGGGUUCCUUUGACCGGGCCCUGUGAGGAAGGGGGCUCUGGAGCAGGGUUCUCCCCCGACAGGACAGGCAGGGCCUGCUCUGGAGCGGAGCCCACGGCUGCUCACAGGUGUCCUUAGUGGUGUUGCAGCAUGUUGUGUCUGCGUGUGCUGUGAACGUCCUGAGGAACUGGCUGUGUACUGCCUGUUUGGGUCGGUCUGUGCCCUCUCAGUAGACACUGGAGCUGCUUUAUCCCAGAAGAGGUCCCUGUGCCUCGCCUCUCCCCUUGCGGUGCUCACACGACCCAGCUGUGUCACCCGAUGCAGGAUUCACCUCUGUGCCUUGCUGCUCCCGAGGCCCCAGGGCGGCUGUGGUGCUCUGUGCUGCCCAGGCCGCCCAGGCCACGGGGGCCGAGCUUCAUAGCCAAAGCAGCCUGAUGACCCCACCCACCAAGGAAGAAAGCAGAAUAAACGUUUUUGCACUGCCUGAAAAACCUGGUCAGGCAUGAGCCUA